AUGGCCGUAAGCAUCAGUAGCACGGAUAACUACUGCCCGAUGGAUACGCCUGCUCCGGAAAAUAAAUCCUGGGCCCGCAAGAUGGUGACGACAUUGACUUUCUGGAUCGUUGUGGGCAUGAUUAUUGGUAUUCUUUUGGGUCAGUUUGCCCCCACCUUUGCGGAGAAGGCUGCUCCUAUGAAGAAUGUUUUUCUACGUACGGUGCAGUUUAUUGUCUUCCCACUCGUGUUUUCAUCCUUGGUGAUUGGUAUUGCCGAUCAGAAAGACAUGAAACAGCUUGGCCGUCUUGCCAUCAAGUCCAUCAUUUACUUUGAACUCAUCACAUCCUUGGCACUUAUCAUCGGUCUCGUUGCUGUUAACAUUGUCAAGCCUGGCAAAGUAGGACUUACUCAAGGUGACGACUUUGAGAAUGAGGCCAAGUCGACGUUCACGCUAGAAAAGUGGAUUGAACACUUGACCCCAAAAACGUGGGGUGAGAUGAUGGGUGGCAGCGGCUCAUCAGAGCUGCUUCAGGUGCUAGUGGCCGCGAUCCUUACGGGCGUGGCUACGUCUCAGCUGGAGGAUAAACAUAAGCACCUGAUCAUAGAAUUUGCACGUGCAGUACUAGAAAUGAUGUUCAAGUUUGUAGACAUUGUGAUCUGGACGGCUCCCAUCGGCGUGUGCUUUGCGAUCGCUGACGCCAUUGGCUCAAAUGGUCUUUCAGCUUUAAGUAGUCUGGGUGUGCUUGUGGCUACGGUGUAUGUGACAAUGCUGUUUUUUAUCGUCGUUGUAUUCGGCACUGUGUGUCUAAUUUUCAAGAUCAACCCGACGGAGUUCCUUAUUGCCAUGAAGGAGCCACUUAUAAUUGCCUACACGACGGCCACGUCGGAAGCUGCACUGCCCAAGGUGUUUGAAGCCCUCGAGAGGUAUGGCGUGUCCCCUCAUAUCUCAAGCUUCGUUGUGCCAUUUGGCUAUUCGUUCAACCUGGAUGGUUCGACCCUGUACCUGUCGCUGGCCUCCGUCUUCUGUGCACAGGCCUCGGGUGCCGACAAGUCGGUAGGCGAGCAGAUUGUCAUGAUCUUGAUGCUCAUGAUCUCGUCCAAGGGCGUGGCUGGUGUGCGCUCGGCUACCCUCAUCGUCAUCGCGUCGACGCUAGACCAGUUUGAUGUACCAUCGUGGCCCGUAGCUCUCAUCCUGGGUGUUGACUGGCUCAUGGACAUGUUGCGCACGCUGACGAAUGUCAUGGGAAACUGCCUGGCAUCGAUCGUCAUGGCGAAGUUAGAGCAUGAGUUUCGCAAAGAGGGGUGGGAGCGCGAGUUUAGGUCGGCACAUAGUGGCGAAGACAAGAUGGAGGAGAAGCUGAGCAAUGUGUCGGAUAUUGAGGAGGCCCGGCGCUGA